CUUCUUUCUCAUCAAGUAUGUCCUAGCAGCGCCCGCCUCGUCUUGAGAAUAUGACGACCAUGCGAGCAGAACGUGCUCCAUCGACUAUCAUUUCGCAGCUGGUCAUUGAUGCGCAGAAAGAUCCACUGUUACCCAGGCCAAAUCCCACUAAAGCAUUUUGGCAGUGGCCUCCGUCUCCAAUAUCAAAAACUCAGUCUGCUCGGCUACCAUCAAAAACGACAUAUGCCAUCAUAGGUUCUGGUGUGACUGGAUGUAGCGUUGCCACGCAUCUACUGCACAGUCUCUCUGCCGAUUCUCGGGAUGGCAUCACGAUUCUGGAAGCUCGGACUCUGACUAGUGGAGCGACAGGCAGAAAUGGUGGCCAUCUUCUGUCGCCACUUCCAGAGGAGUUCCUCCACGUCGAGAAGGUCCUUGGACGUGAGGAGACGGCGAAAAUAUCUCGGUUUGCUAUCAGGACCUUGGAGUCCAUGUACGCUUUGGCCGAUGAAGAUGAGGCUCUGAGCAAAGCGGCGGAGGCUAGGAGAGUGACCACCAUUACUGGUUAUUAUGAUAAGGACACCUUUGAAACGGCAAAGGAAAGCCAGAAGAGAUAUGAAGAGAGCUUGCCCGAGUUCCGAGGUGACCAUCGUGUCUAUACGGCAGAAGAGGGAUUGAAGGAGUUCAAUAUGAAAGACACGGUAGGGGUAAUUACCAAUAGUGCCGGCGCAUUCUGGCCUUACCGUUUGGUCACCGGCCUUUACUCUCGGAUGCUCACGCAGUACCAAGAUCGUUUUUCGAUCGAAACAGAGACGCCAGUCACUGAAAUUGAUUACGCGCCAGCAGAAGAUGCAGCAUACCCCUACACUGUCACCACUGCUCGCGGAGUAAUUCGUGCUUCCAAAGUGAUUCAUUGCACGAAUGGCUGGGCUGGUCACCUUCUUCCCAAUUUACGAGGGAAGAUCUUUCCGGUCCGCGGUACGAUGUCGACGCAGGCUGCUGGACCAGAAUUUCCUCGCGAGGGCGAAAAGAAGUCGUGGUCUACGGUAGGAAGGCCGAGCUACGAUGCGUCUGAUGAGACGUUCUCCUACGGGCUCUAUUACAUCACGCAAAACGAGAAGACUGGCGACAUCUUCAUUGGUGGUGAGAGACAGAAGGCCUUGGAGCUGCUCACCGCCGACGACACAACCAUUAGUAGCGUGUCAAAGGACACACUUGUCAACAUUCUGCCCAAAAUAUUCGCGAAAGGAUGGCCUUCCGGUCAGCAGCCAGAGAUCAAGUCCAUCUGGUCUGGUGUACUGGGAUUUACAGCUGAUCACUUGCCAUGGGUCGGCCGUGUUCCAAAGUCUGUAUCCACGAGGCACGGUGACGGCGAAUACAUCGCAGCAGGUUUCAAUGGAUAUGGAAUGCCGUUGUGCUGGGGCAGCGGAGAAGCUGUUGCCAAGAUGAUCCUAGGCGAGGAUGACGAGGUACGAGAGUGGUUGCCGAUCAGCUUUGAGAUGACCUCGAAGAGACUGAACAGUCCUUGCUCGACCGCAGAAGCUGGCAUUUUGAAUCUCUUCGGGCAAGAACCGGACUGAUCGGUCGCCGGGACUGCAUAUCGCACGCUCUUUGGGUGGUUGGCCUGGCCUAGAAGAGAAGAGAUACAAGUCGUCGGUUGUGUAUCCUGUCGCGGAUGAAUCGAUUCUUUCUCCU